AUGAACCAAGAGAACCACAUGAGCCACGAGAAUCACAUGAACCAAGAGAACCACAUGAAUCAAGAGAACCGCAUGACCCAUGAGAAUCACAUGAGCCAAGAGAACCACAUGAACCAAGAGAACCACAUGAACCAAGAGAACCACAUGAAUCAAGAGAACCACAUGAACCAAGAGAACCACAUGAGCCAUAAGAACCACAUGAACAAAGAAAACCACAAGAGCCAAGAAACCAAAACCCACAUGAAUCAAGAGAACCACAUGAGCCAUGAGAACCACAUGAGCCAUGAGAAUCACAUGAACCAAGAGAACAACAAGAAGAGAACCACAUGA